AUGGCUGGGAGAACAUCACGUGAAUGUCUUCAAAAUUUUUGUGAUGCUAUUGUUGACACUUACAAGACCGAAUAUCUGCGUAAAGCAACAACACAUGAUCUCGAUCGUUUGUUUGAAGCACACGAAGAAAGGCAUCACUUGCCUGGAAUGAUCGGUAGUCUGGAUUGUACACAUCUUGUUUGGAAGAUGUGUCCAAUGGAGUGGAGGGGGCAAUACAAAAGGGGUGAUCAUGAAUACCCCACUAUUAUGUUGGAAGCAACGGCGUCUCAAGAUUUAUGGAUUUGGCACGCCUUUUUUGGUCCUCCGGGUGCUUUAAACAACAUCAAUGUGCUGCAACAAUCUCCCUUGUUCCUCCCCGAGCGUAUGGGCACUGCUCCUUACGUUCCAUUCAGUGUAAAUGGGCGUACUUAUAGAUGUGGCUACUAUCUAGUCGAUGGCAUAUAUCUUACAUGGUCUACGUUUGUUAAAGCGUACGAAUACCCGACAAACGAGAAAGAAAAAAUGUUCAAAACGGCACAAGAGGCGGCUCGCAAAGAUAUUGAACGGGCAUUUGGUGUUCUCAAAGGAAAAUGGCAUAUCAUUGAUCGACCGUUUCGACAACGGUCACUAGGUACAAUAAGGAACUUGGUGUAUGCGUGUGUGAUUCUGCACAACAUGAUCAUUCAGGAUAGUGGUCGUGCGAUUUGCCCAGUUCAUAUAGGAGAUCCAGUUGUGUGA